UGUACGUAAUUCUAUGCAAGUUGAAUUAGAUAAAUUAAAACAUUGGCUACAAAUCUAUGAAAAUCGAAAAGCAAUAUUACGCCCACAAUAUCAUGAAACAUUAAAAGAAUUAGAAUUAAAAUUACAUGAACAAGAAAUGUUUUAUCGAAAACAAAUUAAAGAUCUUGAUUCCGAAAUGAAAAGAAAACAUCAUGGAAGACCAUCGGAUGAUUCAGGAUUCUUCAGUGAUACAACUAUAGGUGAAAGUCGUAUAUCUCCAACAGUUGAUGCCAAUGAUACAUCGAUGUUACGUGAACAAAUUCAAAAUAUAUUCUCUCAACAUACUCAGGAAUUGGAUAAAUGUAAUUCAAAAUAUAAAACGAAUUUAUCGAAUCUUAAAAAUCGUCUCCAUGAAUUAGAAAAUUCUACAACAACAACGACCUAUUAG